CACGCCGGUUCUGAAAAGGUGAGGUUUGGCAGAAGUCCGCUUCUCAACUGAAAGAUCUGUGCAUAAAUAGACCGUAGCUCCGACCUUCCGUCGAGUGUGCAACGACAGCGAGUCAGCAACAGUGUGAUCCUCGCUUUUCCACUCGUCAAGCGUUUCAGUCGACCAUGGCGUCUUUUUCUGCCGCCCUCGUCGCGCUGCUGGUCGCCAGCUGCGUCGUGGAGGCCGCGGCCACGACGUUCGACGUCGGCGACGGGCACGGCUGGCAGACCGGCGUCGACUACACGGCCUGGACGUCCGGCAAGACCUUCGCGGUCGGCGACAAGCUAGUGUUCAACUACACGAGGAAGGCGCACACGGUGACGGAGGUGAACGACAGCGGCUACAGCGCCUGCUCGGGCGCCAACUCCCUGAGCAACGACGACAGCGGCGCCACCACCGUCACGCUCACGAUGGCCGGCGUGCACUACUUCAUCUGCGACGUCCCGGGCCACUGCCCCAACGGCAUGAAGCUCACCGUCACCGUGACGGUCGCCGGGGGCUCGACGACCGGAGGCACCGUCCCUACGGGCGCCUCCGGUGUGUCCCGCGGGCCGGCGGUGAGCGCCGCUGUCGCCGCUGCCGAGGGGGCUCUGGUCGCGCUCGCGCUCUUCUCAUGAAACCCGUCGUAUGAUCAGGCCAGAAACGGACAGACCGUGCAGUUUGAUUCGUGUGUACGAACAAUAGUUCACUCGUUUUUUUGCUACGUUCACCGUGCACGCUCAAUCGCUCAUGUACUUACGUGAUAUAUGUUCGUUGGUUUGCGAUGUGGCCUGUGUGUGCCCGCGGGAGUGUCUUCUUGAUGCCAAACGGGCAUAAUUCACAUAAGCAUCACCAAAAGAUCAAUAAAUGGGCAUAGUUCAUACAGUUCAA